AUGCCCCCCCCACCCGCCCCCGCCCCCGCCCUCGACCCCCCCACCUUCGCCACCGCCCAACUCUCCCUCCUCGCCGCCGACCUCGCCGCCGACACCGCCCGCACCCUCCCCCUCCUCGCCGCGCACGCUCCCAAACGGCUCGCCGCCGCCGGCCUCGCCCUCACGAACCUCGUGCUCGCGGGCCGGCGCACGGGGAUCGGGGGCCGGACGGUGCUGGUGCUCGAGGUGGACGGGGCCGUUGGUGGGGGUGGUGGGGGCGUGGGAGUGGGGGAUGUGGUGAGGGUGGGGAAGCAGGUGGGGGGUGGGGAGGGGAGGAAAGGGGGGGUGGAGGGGGUGGUGGUGAGGGUUGGGAGUGGGAGUGGGGGGGGAGUGCAGGUUGCGGUUGGGGAGGGGGAGGAGGGGGGGGGGAGUUGGGGGGGGAGGUUGUGGGUGUGA